GCCUACAGAGGUGCAAGUAGUGAACGCCUGACGCCCCGACCACUGUGCUCUCCAUUCGGACGUCUCCAUCCUCAGAACCUCCUCUCUUCCCCAAAAAGCACCAUGACUUGUGGAUCUUACUGUGGUGGUCGCGCCUUCAGCUGCAUCUCGGCCUGCGGGCCCCGGCCCGGCCGCUGCUGCAUCACCGCUGCCCCUUACCGUGGCAUCUCCUGCUACCGUGGCCUCCCUGGGGGCUUUGGCAGCCGCAGCUUGUACGGAGGCUUUCGGGCCGGCUCCUGCGGACGCAGCUUCGGCUACCGCUCCGGGGGCGUGUGCGGGCCCAGCCCCCCAUGCAUCACCACCGUGUCGGUCAACGAGAGCCUCCUCACGCCCCUCAACCUGGAGAUAGACCCCAACGCGCAGUGCGUGAAGCAGGAGGAGAAGGAGCAGAUCAAAUCCCUCAACAGCAGGUUCGCGGCCUUCAUCGACAAGGUGCGCUUCCUGGAGCAGCAGAACAAACUGCUGGAGACAAAGCUGCAGUUCUACCAGAACCGCGAGUGUUGCCAGAGCAACCUGGAGCCCCUGUUUGAGGGCUACAUCGAGACUCUGCGGCGAGAGGCCGAGUGCGUGGAGGCCGACAGCGGGAGGCUGGCCUCAGAGCUCAACCACGUGCAGGAGGUGCUGGAGGGCUACAAGAAGAAGUAUGAGGAGGAGGUUUCUCUGAGAGCAACAGCUGAGAACGAGUUUGUGGCUCUGAAAAAGGAUGUGGACUGCGCCUACCUCCGCAAAUCAGACCUGGAGGCCAACGUGGAGGCCCUGAUCCAGGAGAUCGACUUCCUGAGGCGGCUGUACGAGGAGGAGAUCCGCAUUCUCCAAUCCCACAUCUCAGACACCUCCGUGGUUGUCAAGCUGGACAACAGCCGGGACCUGAACAUGGACUGCAUCAUUGCCGAGAUCAAGGCACAGUACGAUGACAUUGUCACCCGCAGCCGGGCCGAGGCCGAGUCCUGGUACCGCAGCAAGUGUGAGGAGAUGAAGGCCACGGUAAUCAGGCACGGGGAGACUCUGCGCCGCACCAAGGAGGAGAUCAACGAGCUGAACCGCAUGAUCCAGAGGCUGACAGCCGAGGUGGAGAACGCCAAGUGCCAGAAUUCCAAGCUGGAGGCCGCUGUGGCCCAGUCUGAGCAGCAGGGUGAGGCGGCCCUCAGUGAUGCCCGCUGCAAGCUGGCUGAGCUGGAGGGCGCCCUGCAGAAAGCCAAGCAGGACAUGGCCUGCCUGAUCAGGGAGUACCAGGAGGUGAUGAACUCCAAGCUGGGCCUGGACAUCGAGAUCGCCACCUAUAGGCGCCUGCUGGAGGGCGAGGAGCAGAGGCUGUGUGAAGGCGUCGGCUCGGUGAAUGUCUGUGUCAGCAGCUCCCGCGGUGGCGUCGUCUGUGGCGAUCUCUGCGCCUCCACUACUGCCCCUGUUGUCUCCACCAGAGUCAGUAGCGUCCCCAGCAACAGCAACGUGGUGGUGGGCACCACUAACGCCUGCGCCCCCUCCACCGGGGUUGGCGUCUGCGGCGGCAGCUGUAAGAGGUGCUAGGAGGCUGCCGCCUCCGCCAGCGCCUGUCGUCGUCACUCUCCACCCAGCCAGUACCUCGCGCCACCGGAACGCGCCGCCCGCGCCGGCCUCCCAAUAGCGGCCGCCCGCCUGCACUCUAAGUGCCCUCCCCACCGCUCCGCUCCGGGAGCCAUCCCCGGUCGCAGGAGUCCGGGGAGGCCCCGGCGGUGCCGUGGUCUCUCUCUGUAGCCUUUCCUGGUAGUCAAUUUGUUGUCCCGAGGAUUCAUCCUUUUCUUCCGCCUGCCUUCUGUUUUUUGCUGUAUGCAUUGGUAUUGCCUGACCUCUUCCCCAAAGCUUGGAGGAACGGGGGAGGCCCGGGAAUGUCCCUGUCUGCACGACCUGGGACUCUGCGCAUGUGCUUCUGCCUGUGGAAUGGAGACGCGGACCCUGGAUGGUGGUUCUGUGACUCUACGAGGGACAGGCCCACGCGUGGGGAGAACAUCUCCCUUCGGGGGCUGCCCGCAAGAGCUUCUGAAAAACUAAUGACUCUGCUGCCUUCUCCUUUGUCUUUGUUUCACUCUAUGUUUCCAAUAAACUCAUUGUAGCGAAUCAA